AGCAAAGUCUUGUUCAAGAUAAGACAUCUCACUUGCUCAGCAUAACAGCUGCUCACCGUGUUUCCUUGAUUCAGCAACCGAGGUAAACUUACUUUCUUCGUCUUGCUCGUGAGACCAAGCCGGACUUCCUUGAUUCUUUUGACGGCCCGAUGCCGUUCUUCAGCACACAAAAACGACGACAACGACGACCCUUCAUAACCCCAUCGCUGCCUGAUCACCAGGACAGCAAGCCUUCACGGACAGGCAGCCACUCGAUCCGUGCACUUUUCACCGGCAAGAAGACCAGGCCUGCAGCCCAUUCUAGUCCCACCACUCCACCGCUACCCAACGGCAGCGAAACCGGUAUAGGACCGAACACCACCGCCCCUCAGAACACUCAGGGAACAUUCUCAAUCUCAUUCCACCCCAAGACCCAAACCACACUCUGCUGGCAGAACAUCGAUCCCCCGCAUGAUCUACUGGUUUCUCUCGACGAGAAAGCCCUGGAACAGCAAUUCCUGUUAAACCGACCCCGAGCCACCGAGAUGAUCGACACCAGCAGAACCACGUCCCCAAAGUACACGUCCCCGAAGGGAGUGGCCGCCUCCCUCCUCCCGGGCUACAACGACGUCAGCGGCUCCGUCAUCGUCGACUGGGACGGGUAUCCGCAUUUCCUUUCCCCGCAGGAGGAAGUCGAUCGCAAACUGCAGCUGGAGGCAGCGGUGCAGGAGCGGAUGUUGGGGUUGCCCGGUGCCCACCAGCAGGAGGGUCAUUAUGCUCCGCCGAGGUAUACGCCGGCGAGCUCGAAGUCCGGAUCGCGGUCCUCGCAUUCGAGUACGAGUAGUGGCGGGUCAUCCGGUCGGAGAUGAUGGGGCUGGUUUCUCGGGGGGCUCGGGAUAAGCAGGACAGCGACUCCAGGACGACUUCGACGUGCAUUUCCACGGAUUCGUGAGCGUGGAUCCGUUGAUGAUGAGCGAGCGGGGAUGGAAGGCACUUCUCGACUCGGUUUGCCGUGCCCUGGGAGCUGAGCCUCGAACGCAGAUUUAUGAUUGAUGAACUUACGACUGCGUGGGACGGGAUAUGCACGAUGGAUGGAUGA